CUGAUAGUCUGCUUGGCAGAAGGAGGAUCACUAAGCGAAGAACGUUUUUUCAGUGCGGUCACAAUGUUCUUUCUCCUGGUAUUAUCUUGUUUGCUCGUGAGCGAUUUAGCAUCUUCUGAGAAGCCGGUGCAAUGCGAUGACGUACAGGAAUUCGAUGCAUCGCAGAAAGGGGAAAUUACUAGCCCUUUUUAUGAAAAGGGUAACUACACAGAAAAUUUGUCGUGCGAGUACAAGAUAAAGGCACCUAAAUCUUUUAGAAUAAAAAUAACUUUUAAAGAUCUGGACAUAGACCCUUCUAGCAGUUGCUCCAACGAUAACCUUGCCGUCUAUGGAAAAGAUAAAGAAUCCAUAAUUGGUAUCUUCUGUGGUCGUGAGAUACCGAGGCCCAUCUUAUCACACGAAGAUGAAAACGAGAUUCGACUUAUCUUUCAAUCUGAUCACAUGAUUGGUGGACGAGGGUUCAAAUUAGAAUACGAGUCUGGACGUGAUAUUGAACUUUGCGGAGGUGACGAGGGAAUUUGUAGGAACAGAAAUUGUUUUGUUGCUUCUAAAAGAUGUGAUGGCGUCGAUGAUUGCGGAGACGGAUCAGAUGAAGAAGACUGUGGGGAACUCGUCGCCUUGCCAUCUGAAGAAUGUGGAGAAACUCCUAUAAAACCUAACACCGUAUACGGAGCUGUGGAUCGUAUGGUAGGAGGCGAAGUGGCGGUUCCAAACAGCUGGCCAUGGCAAGUGUCCAUUCAGAGGAACUACAUCGAACCGAAUGGCCAUUUUUGUGGAGGGACACUGAUUAGUCCUCAAUGGGUGCUGAGCGCUGCACAUUGCUUUCUUGAUAAUCCACAUCCGCCAACGGUAAGAAUAAACUUAGGAGCUCAUCAUAAAUUUCAAAAAUCGAAGUAUGAACAGAUUCGUACCGCUACGAAGAUAAUUUCUUUUCCAGACCUAGAAGGUGAAGAAUUGAAGAGUGCAACGCUGGAUCAUGACUUGGCUUUAAUAAAGUUAAAUGCUCCAGUAGCAUUUACGGAUGGUGUUCAGCCAGCUUGUUUGCCAUACAAAGGAUGGGAAGCUAAACCCGGAUGGACUUGCUAUACAACUGGAUGGGGUGAAACCAGAGGAUCGGGUCAUUGGGAUGAACUGAAGCAGUCCGAUCAAGUUAUUCAACACGUAGACAACUGUACGCAUAAUGAGGAAACACAGAUCUGUGUUGACAAACCGAACAAUGCUCCUUGUCAAGGGGACAGUGGUGGGCCUUUAGUUUGCAGAUUAGCCGGCAAGUGGCAUCUUUUGGGUGUAACCAGCUUCGGAACCACAAGUGACCACACAGGGGAUGUCUGCGGUGAGCCAGAUUCAAAAGCAGUGUACGCUAAAGUGGCAGACAAAGGUGAAUGGGUACGAGAAAUAAUCAAUAAGUACGCUUAAAAAUACUACACGUACAAGAGAAUGCAUCGGAAUAAAACAUCUUUCU